AUGCACGUCUUUGUCACUGGCGCUACCGGAUGGGUCGGAUCGGCCAUCGUCCCCGAACUCCUUCAGAACGGACAUACCGUCCUGGGCCUGGCUAGAUUCGAGGAGUCGGCCAAGAAGCUCAAGGAUCAGGGAGCCGAGGUUCUGAUGGGAACCUUGGAGGAUAUGGAAAUACUCAAGGAGGGCGCCAGUCGAUGCGACGCCGGCGAGGUCUUGAAGGGAACCUCGAAGCCGUUCGUCGUGACUAGCGGAUCGCUCGCUCGGGGCGACGACAAGAAGAUUCUCCUUCAGGAGACGGACGAGGCGGGACCGUACUUUCCCAGGCUGGCGACCGAGAAGGCUACGCUUGCUCUCGCCGAUGCCGGCGUCAAGGCCAUGAUUUUGAGGUUGGCUCCUUCGGUUCACGGAGCUGGAGAUCAGGGCUUCGUUUACAGACUCGCCGAGAUGGCCAAGGAAAAGGGCUUCUCGGCGUACGUCGAUGAGGGUAACAACGCAUGGCCCGCCGUCCACCGCAAGGACGCCGCAGUUCUCUACCGUCUGGCCAUCGAAAAGCCUGCCGGCAGGAUCUUGCACGGUUUCGACGACCAGGCGGUUCCCUUCAGGGAGAUGGCUCGAGCCGUUGGUCAGAAGGUCGGAGUCGAAGUCAGGUCCGUCCCUGCCGAAGAGGCCGAGGCCCACUUCCAGUGGUUGUCCUUCUUCGAUCAGUUCGGGUGGACUCCCAAGGAGAUCGGAUUGUUGGAGGAUAUUCGUUCCAAUUACUAGAUUUAGGCGAGCCUUCCUUCGAUAUAAAUCGCUCGAACCAAGACUAAGGCUUCCGGGCCGGUCAUUGUCGUUAGCGCGCACAGUCCCCGGGCCGUUUCGUCGUAGAUCCAAAUCCUGUAUAUAUA